CAUCCUAUCUUUAAAAUAAAAAAAAAAACAUCUCAUCAUCAUCUCAGCCUGUAUGGUCAUUUAUUAGGUUUAUUGAAGUUUGCUAUCUUAUCAAUUAUGAUUUUUUGGCUGCACGCAUGCACACACUUAUUUGCUAUUUGUGUGGUGCUGUCUUAUUAAUUGGUUAUGAUGAUGAUUUAACUUCUACUUCCAAGUUCUUCCGUGGAUUUUUAUAUUGGGAUGUUUGGGGUGAGAAACAUGUCCUGUUUAUCUUUCAGGAAACAUGUUGGUCCCCUAGACAAUUCUACAAUUGACUUGUUGCGUAGUUCCCUGCCUCUUGCAAAAUGUUAAGGAGGACAUUUCUCGUUCUUCCUCUUUUUUUUUCUUUUCAAGAUCAUGUAAAUUUCAAUAGAGGACAAAAAAAUCCUUGCAAAAAGGACUCAAAAGGCUACAGGACUAAACAGGAAAGGCUUAAGGAUCAGAGCCUAAGCAAUGACAUCCAAUCUCACUUCCCCGAACAACCUGUCGAGACACGUGGAAUUUCUUCAAAUUGAUAAAAUUCCAAACUUACAGAAGUCCCUUAUUUCAGUUUUGUUCUAGUUUUACGGAGAGGUGUGCUAGAUGACAGCUCAAUUGUGUUGUUGUUUUUGGUGGGCCCAUUUGUCUUUUUUGGCAGGCCCCACUUAGAUAAUGGGUUGGCAUUCACACAUACAAAUGAUUGCCUAGAGACUCCUUCCUUAACAGACCCAUCCGCUAAUGAAUCCACUUCCCAAACCCUUGGGUAAAGAGGCCCCACGCCUUUAAUAUCUCAUUAAUAUGAGUAUGAUUUCACACUAAAUGUGUUCUAACAGUCUAUUUCUAAUGAUGAGAAACGACACACAUUAUUUUUAAUCUGCAUUACCCUGCAAACACAACUGUUCUUGGAUCCACCAACUGCUCAAUAUCUCUUGUGGAAGAAAGGAUAGAUGAAGAUGAUUUCUUGGGUGGAAAAGCGUAGCAGAGAAUGGAGCGCCAGUAGCAUAUGUUACCACUCCCCAACCAUGAAGAAUGAGAAAUAAGGAUGCUAGAAGAGGUUAAAAGAUGGAAGAGAAAGGAAGUUAUGAUGUUAAGGCAGAUUACUCACCUAAAGCGGUCGAGUAAUCCUUUCAUUAUACUAAUUCUAAGAACCUUUCUGCCCUCAAUAACAACAGCAAAGACACUCAUGUAUCUUUCUCUUUUAAUUCUGACAAUAUAUAUUGAAACCCUCAAAAGGGAUUUUUGGGUGCAAAUAUUGUCUAAUUCGAUUCAAAUGAAAAUAAAAUCAAAUACUAUCCCAAUAGACAAUUUUUUUAGAGGUGCAGUCUAGUGGUUCUGGGCAGAUGUGGGGCCCACAUAGGGCCUGCCUAAGUUGCAUAACAUCCUGAUUUUGGAACUGACCAUUCAUCUAGGGCAGAUGAAGGGUUUGGAUGGCCUGGAUUCUGUAUACAUAACAUCAUCGCCCCCCUGGCAAAUCAAGGAUGGGCGUCCUCUCUUAACUUGUCCCCUGUGCGGGUGGUCACCUUAGUUUCCUUUUCAGCUGAUUUUUUGGUCCCUGUGGAUAAUGUGAGGCAACACAUCUGAUGGACAGCUCAGAUGUUGUGAAGACAUCACAUGAGCCCGACUUCUACCUGGACGUUCCAAGAUAGAUGAAUCCUUCCUCUCAUUCUCAUCGUAAUAAAUCUCCUGGCAAGGAAGAGAAGGAGAGGCCGAGGUUCUUUGACGCAAAAGCCAAGUCUCUAUGCUGGCUGAAAGCAGAGGUUGUGGCAGGCCGACAUCCAGAGCGCUGGAGGAAAGACACUGCUGGCAACAUUGUGUGCAAGCGCUUGUGGAACUGCCAUGGCUGCCUUUGCUAUGAAUACGACCACAUAAUACCCUUCUCCAAAGGUGGAGAAUCCACCGCAGAGAACUGCCAAAUUCUUCAGACAAGGGUGAACAGGUAUAAAUCAGAUAAGGAAUGGUUGGACAAAGCGGAGUUGGAAGGUUUCUCAUGCGAUCUCAAGUUCACAGAUAAGGAACUCGAUGUAAUUGAAAUGGCUGUUUAUGGCGAUGUCAUCCGACCAGGGAACCAGUGCCGUUGCAGAACUGUUGCUGAAAUGCUUGGUCAGUACAAAGCGAAGAACCCCUUGGCUGCUUGUGAAUUACCAUACAAGGAGACAUCAACAACACUCUAGGAGGCGACAAUGCUAGUGCAAUGUCACAAGGUAAGAAAUUAAGAACCCAAAUCAGUUCCAUUCGAUCUUCUUGUCUGUGCAAUUUACAACUAAUGUCAACAACUGUUUGAGAUUACUCUUAGUAGGUGGGAAAAAAGGUGAAUUCAAAUCUCAUCUUUAAAAGUUGUGUAUCAAUAUUUAAAAAAGAAGAGGAAGAUAACAUUGAGGUAUUGGAAGAAA